AUGGCGUCUCUGAAAAUAGCGGAAGCGGCGAAAUUCAACUAUCCCGAUGUUUCUUUGACACCACAAGAAAUGGGAGAUUUCGAGCAAAUGAUGACUGGGGGAUUUCGACCUGUCUCAACAUACAUGAAUCUAAAGGAUACACAACAAGUAAUAUCAAGUGGCCAUUUAGCCAAUGGCGCUUUGUUCCCAAACCCUGUUGUUUUAUCCAUUACUCGCCGUGAAGCACUUGCUUUAGAAAAGGCCAAAAAACUUGCUUUAAGAGGACCAGAAGGCACUUUGCUUGGGCUGUUAACACCAACUCAGACUUUUAAUCUUCCUCAAAGUCUUAAACCAGCAAGAAGAAAUGCUCAGAUUUGUGUGACUGGAAAACUUGAAUUUGUUGAGCCACCCCCACACUACGAUUAUCCCGAAUUAAGAAAGGCUAAACGCCCAGAAGGUCCCGCAGUGUACCACGGCAUUUCCUCUCCAAUUUUGAACCCAACAAAAGCUCAAUUAAAAGAUCUUCAAAAAGAUGGCAUUCAGUCCCACAUCGACGUCAAUGUCAUGGGACUCGAAGCUCCACAUCCACUCAUUAAAACAACUCAAAAGAACUUCUCAGACGUUUCCAUCACGUCACUUCAAUACAAAACAAAUGCUCCAAAAGACGUGAUCCUCAGAGGUAUUAUCGCCAAGAACAGUGGGUACUCCCAUUACUUAAUUCCUCAAUCCUCUUCUGAAGUGCAAGCUGCUAUUAAGGGACUUGGCCUUAAGCCAGUCAUCUCAGCUACUCCAAGUUACUACGACAAGAUGUCUGCAAAGAAAAUAGUCAACUCCAUUCGUGAAGGGAGUGCUCCCCAAGACCUUUUGGACUUGAAAGAGAUAGAAGAGUUCAAUGAAGUGUACCCACCCAUCGACAAACAAGGUCUUGUCUGUUUUUUCACUGGAUUAAGUGGGUCUGGGAAGAGUGUAGUGUCCAAUGCAGUCAUCGAAAGACUGAAAAAACACACCAACAGACCAGUCUAUUUACUCGACGGUGAUGUUGUGAGGAAAAAUUUGUCUUCUGAACUUGGAUUUUCCAAGGCUCACAGAAACUUGAAUAUCUUACGUAUCGGCUUUGUCGCAAGUUUGUUAGCAAGAUCUGGUGCCAUAGUCGUCUGUGCUCCUAUUGCUCCAUACAGAGAAAUCAGAGACGAAGUCAGAAAGAUGGUGGAGGUCCAUGGUAAUUUCGUCGAGAUUCACAACUCGACUCCAAUUGCUGUUUGUGAACAACGAGAUAGAAAGGGACUUUACGCCAAAGCCAGGGCGGGAUUGAUUAAAGGAUUCACUGGAAUUGAUGAUCCUUAUGAAGCUCCACUUAAACCAGAAAUUUUCUUGAACACAGCAGGUAAAACAGUUGAUCAGUGUGCUGACACCGUUAUCAAUUACCUUGAGAAGCAGAAGUACAUCAACUAA